AUGCUAAAGCAGAUAGUACAGGGCCCUACUCAGAGUGUCCAGGCAGUUGCUCAGCCUCCACUGAUUCCACAGAAUCCUUAUGUUCUUAACCCUUAUUCUGUGCCACAGGUACCUCUUGUAGCCUGUUGUGCAAUUUGUGGUGGAAAUCAUGUAGCUCAAACAUGUCAUUUGUUAGACUCCGGUAACCAAGUCCCUCAGCCUAAUGUGGAGCAAGUUGAUCUCAUUGGUUAUGCUAGACCACAGGGCCAGGGGCAAGGUUAUGGGAACUAUCAGCAGCAAGGAAGGAAUCAGUUUGUUCCCUCUUGGAACAAUCAGGGAAAUCAAGUGAGGAACAAUCCACUAGGAUUUCAAGGUAAUCAAGGGAAUAGGGGUGGAAACCAAGCUCAGUGGAGAAACAAUCAGAAUUUUGGGCAGAAUAAUCAGAAUGCAAAUCAAGGGCAGUUCCAGCAAGGGAAUCAGAAUUUUGGGAACACUCAGGGUCAAGAGUCUCAGCAAGCAUUGAAAGAGAGCCUCACGGCUCAACAGCAAGGUGGUGGUAAUCAGUUUCCUAAUCAAGCGUCAUCUUCGAAUGGUAGACUGCCAGCAAGCACUGAAAAUCCAAGGAAGCAGGUUGAGGAUGUUCCAGAUGAGAACGAAGAGGAGCAUGAGUUACAGAGGGACAGUGCUAAGGGGAAAGCCCCUAUGCAAGAUGAGAGUGCUCCAAGCAAGAAGCCUGAGAGGAAAAAUAAGCAGGUUGGUGACUCAGUUGUUCCUUGCAAUAUCUUGCUAUUCCCACAGAGAUUGUGGAGAUUCAAGGAAACUGAGAGAGAGAAUAAGUUCAAGAUGAUGCUGGAUAAGUUGGAGAUUUCCAUGCCCUUUGUUGAUGCAGUGACUCAAAUUCCUUCAUACAAGAAAUUCUUGAAGGAUAUUCUGAGUAAUAAGAAGAAGUUAGAGAAGAGUGCUGUGGUGGAUCUCAGUGAGGGGGCAUUGGCAUGUGCAGCUCUUCAACAAAAGUUGCCUCCCAAGCUGAAAGAUCCAGGUAGUUUUACCAUCCCCUGCAUCAUUGGGAGAUUUGUAGUGGGCAGUGCCUUAUGUGAUUUGGGUGCCAAUGUUAGCCUGAUGCCAUAUUCCCUUUGUAAGAGACUUAACCUGGGUAGCCCAAAGUCUACUACUGAUAAGCACCAAAUAUAG